AUGGCAGAGCAUCCUUCGGGGCAAAACCCACCCACGUACGAGGGCCACUCAAUAAGUAAUCUACCUGAAUAUGAAAGGGAUGAGCAACAGGCCUGUGCCUGCUGUGACAUGUUUCGACAGGUCUCGGAAGAAUGGUGCCUAGGGUUCGCCCUGAAGAAGGGUGAUGAUAGAUUCAUUUGUCAGCUCCUCUCCAAGAACUCCACAUUUGCUGUAGAUCCUAAUAAAACAUCCAGGAUCUCUGUUUCAGAAACAGUUGCACCAAAAGAAUUCGAAUUUGCGAUGGUCACGGGGAAGAUUCACUUCCUGAGAGCGAUGGGAGUAGGACCAUUCAAAGCUGCAAAGACCACUUGCAAAGGCGACGGUUUGGCUCACCUCGUCAUGGACGAUCGAGGUCAAGAGUGGCACGAUUACAUUCUUCAAUUCAUGGAGUCGCAUUUCCCAUCCCAAGACAAGUUUUGGAUCGGAGCUGACGACAUUGAUUGGGAUAACGAGCUAAAGGAUGCAGACAUGGAUUCAAGUAUCAGCUGCAAGGGAAGCACGGUUGCUGAAAACCAAACAAUUGCUCCAAAAGAAUUCGAAUUUGCGAUGGUCACGGGGGAAAUUCAUUUUCUGAGAGCGAUGGGGAAAGAACAAUACACGAAAGCAAGGAGCACUUGCAAAGGCGAAGGUUUGGCUCACCUCGUCAUGGACGAUCGAGGUCAAGAGUGGCACGAUUACGUCCUUGAAUUCAUGGAGUCGCAUUUCCCAUCCCAAGAC